AUGGCUGAGGCAGGCCUCCCUAGCCGUGUGCUGCACGGAGAUGCAUUGCAGGACCUGCUGCCAUUGGAGCCACUAUGGGACGUGCUUGCGCCAGCGCUGGCCCUCAGUGUCGGAUCCCAACUGGGCGUCUUCGGCGUGCAGCUGACUCUUGGCCUGACUUUCGCCCAGCCGCUGUUGCUGCUGCUAUUCCCGGGGUUUUUGGCGCUUCUGGAGGAGUGCAACGAGCGGCUGUUGGCCUGGCACCUCGGUGGCCUUUUUGGCCAGCCCAUGCUCGUGGCGCAGGUUGCUGUGGCAAGGGCAGAGAGGCAUGCAGGCCGUGGCUGUGUCAAAGCUUUCGGACUCCUCGUCGGUGCUUACUCCUUGGGCGCUGUCGCUGGCGCUUGUCUCCGGCGCCUAGCACACAGGCUACCACCGUUUCUUUGCAAGGUUGUCUUGAAGGUCUUGGUCAUCAAGCUGGUGAUGCUGAACAUCUUCGCCGUUCGCUUCAAUGGGGACAAGCUGGGCGAGCAUCACGAGCAUGCUGCUCAUGAGGACGGGCACCUGACACAGCACUACCAGCGACCGAAAGCGCGGCAAAUGUGCUCCCAAGUCAAAUCUUUCCUGGCCGCCGAGCUGGAGCGACUCCUCCAAGGCUUCACGGACUGCACCUCGCAUCUUGCUGCAAGAUCGGCCGCACUUUUUGGUUUGAUGUUGAUCAUGGGCCCGGCGCCGUUGCCUGCUGUGGAUUUCUUUGCGUACACACCGUUUCGAAAAGGUUUCGCCGUGUUUUGGUUUGACAUCGUCGGUGUUGUGUCCUACGCCGUCGUGGUGCCAAUGCUGAACGAGAUCUGGCAGGACAAAACUCGCUGCAUGGAAUGUUUGGAUCUGUUCUUCUUGCCCUCCCUGGCCCUCGGCGCCACAGCUGCGAUGUUUGCGAUGUUGGAGUUGACGUCGACCCUUCACGUGACGCUCAUCACGGGCUUAGCCACUGCCAGCUGCAGUGCGGUCCUGGGAGCGCUGCUCUCGGCAGAUAUGUCAGAAAAGGCUCCCCAUUUGGCAGAUGUGGGUAUGCGCCUGGCAUGGGGCCUUCUUUGUGGAGGUGCUGCACAGUUCCUGGGAUCUCAACUGGGACAGUUGCUGUUCCUCUACUACUCCUGGCUCGGUGUCAGCCUUUGCUCCUUCGCAGCCCUUCUGACUGCUCGACACUACACCCGGAAGGCUCUGGUGCAGGAUGGGCACUCGGCAUCUUUCCGGGCUGCUCCCGCUCCGGCUGCUGCACUGUCCGAAACGACUCCACUGUUGACAAACCUCUGA